GUGAGGGGCGGAGGCCAGUCGGCUUCGAUCUGUCAGGCGAGUCGUGUGCGUGAUACUUGAGGGGGUCGGCGUUACGUACGAUUCUCUCUCUUGCUCCCGCUCGCCGUGAAACGAUCACAUCGAUUCGCCGUCGUCAUACUGUCGGCGCGUCAAACUGUCGCCGCUCGAGGACGAUGCGGCCGAUGGUCAGUGAAACGACGAGGACCGACACCGCGUGACUUUAACACACGGACGCGCGCGCGCGCGCGUGACAUUCCGCGCUCCAGGAGUCAACGAGCCCAGGAGGAGAAGGACUCCAGAGUUCUUCACGUGCGCUCUACUCUCUCUCUCUCUCUCUCUACCUACGCUAGACCUCCAACGUUGGAAAGGAUCGAUAGGCACACAGGCAGGCGCCAGUGGGUGGUGUGUAUGUGCGUGUGUGUUUGCGGGGUGGCGCGCUGUCGUCGAGCGAUCAAACCCAGGGUAGAGGGAAACCUGAGCGCCGUCGGAUCGAUCGAUCCAUCCAUCCCGGCCGAUUCCCUUGAGUAGUCCUCGAGUGGCCGCCGCUACCCGCGGAUGAAGGCGAUGGUGGUGAGCCCGGUGAGCGGCCGCGUGCCGCCCGAUCAUCGUGGCGUUCUACACAACGGUUUGGGGAUCGGCGGCACCAGGCGCGACCUCGAGGCCGAGGAGGUCGCCGCCUACCUGACGAAGCUGCGCUCCCUCGUGCCGGACAUGCCGCGCAAGCGGAAGCUCUCCAAGCUCGAGGUGAUCCAGAGGGUGAUCGAGUACAUCUGCGACCUGCAGACCGCCCUGGAGGAGACGAAUCAGUCCGCGACGCACCAGGACGCGAAGACGACGACGACGACGACGACGACCGCCAUCACCACCACGACAACGGCGGAGACGACGGUCACGGCGACGACGCCGCAGUCGUCCCCGAGACAACCGCUGCCGAACCCUGUCGCCACCACCACGAUGACGACCGUCACCACGGCAACGUCCGUCGUGGCCGCGACGGUCGCCGAUCGGUGACCUGCCAUCGACCGGACCCUCUAGGGUACGACGGGAGGAGGUCGCGGUGCUUGAGGCGCAUCGUAAAACGUUCCGCUUCUCGAAGAGGACGUCUGCUGAUCCGGCCCCGAUCGACCAUCGUCCGGAAGAGGACUUGCCACUUCCAACCUGGGGGACCACGUCCACGAGGGGCGACGCACAUCCUAACAUCCCGAGGAGACGAGAGGAACGACGGGGAGAGGAACGUGCUUUAUUUUUCGUUCGAUCGAAGAGCGCGAGUUUCCCCGCGCGCCGGUUUCUCGUGCUCUGCGCCCUUCCCAACCUCCCUUCCCCGCGGGAGGGAGGAAAACUGUAAAUACACUUGUACAUACGCUCAUCGCCAUUCCACGCGAGAUCUCUCUCACGGUUAUAAGAACCCGGCACGAUUUUGUUGAACCCCCCAUUAAAUCUUUCGCCCCUUUCUUUCUUUCGACCCCUUAGGAUCUUGUCAUUCUGUUACUUUUUUCUUUUGUUCCUUUUGUUUAACCAACUGCGCGCGACCGAGAAGGUGAAUCCAGCGGGACCAGCGAUCGAGUCCUCGAGAACCGUGACAAUCUUUCUUUCUUUUUUUUUUUUUCCAUUCAGUAAACUCCACUCUCGUUGUGCGAGACCAGGAAGCUGGAUCGACUCGCGCCGUCGAACGCUGGCGUCGUGCAAGUGCCGCUCGCAAAACGCUCUCGAGUCAUCGCGUGGCGCCCCGCCCAGCCAAUCUCGCCGAUCGAUCGCCUUUUCCCGCGGAGGUCCUUCCUGGAGAACGCGCCUCGUCGCCGGGUUGCGCGCGCGCGAGCGGGCGAGGAGAAAACCUCCUCGAAGCCGCGCGACGACGAAUCGAUCGAGUUCCGAAUUUCGGAUGCUGGAGGAGGCUGGAAGGGACGAUCGGACCGGCUGGCGAGAUCCCGAGGCAAAAUCCUGAGAAAGGACGAGCCGAUGAAUGUACAUUUUCCGUUGUUUAUUUCGUUGUCGAGAGCUGUCGUCAACGCGGGUAUCCUUGAUUACUGUAUAGUUGUCGCACUGUCGUUGUUAUUAUAGUAUCUUAUAAUUUAGAAAGUGCUGACUCCCGUUCUUUCACCCCCCCCCCUCCCUCUUCGACCCGCGUAAAUAUUGUUGUAUAUUUGCAAAGACUGAAAGGCUGUAACAUACAUCAUUGCGCGGGCGUACUGCACUCGUACACACACGAAAUAAAUGCAAACUGUGUCUAUAAUUUA